AUGAUAUAUUUAACAAGUAUAAGAAGCAAUGAUUUUUAUUUUAAGCAUUAUGAUGUAGAAUCAUUGUUAGAAACAAAUAAUAAGAAAAUAUUUUUUUUAAAUAAUUUAUAUAUUUCUAAUAAUUCUGUAUGUAAAAAAAAAAAAUUCAAAAAGAAGAAUACAAAUUCUCACUUGCUUUGUGUAGAAGACGACAAGCGUUCUAUUUGCAAGGGAAAUAACAAAAAUGGAAAUAAAGACAGUGUUAAUUAUAAAAGAAAACAAAAAAUCCACUGUAGUAGUUAUUUAAAUAACGGCAAAGACAGUUGUUAUAAGUGUUACAAUGAAGCUAAUUAUUGCUGUAUCUGUUCUGGAAAAAAUAUAAGUAAUAAAGUUAUUUGCAAAGUGAGGAAAAGAAAAAAUAUAUCUAAUAAAUGUAGGAAACAGAACAAAUGCAUUAUACUUUUAAAUAAAAAAAGUUUGAAGAAGCAAAUAACCAUAAAUGAAAAGAAGAAUAACAAUUCAUUUCAUUAUAUAAACUGGGCUCAGGUAAAAAAGAGAUGUGAGAAAAAAAUGAAAAUUAAAAAAAAUACGCAACUACUUCAGAAUAAAAUGCGUAUUAACAUAUUUGAAACCAUCAUAUGCGCUAAAGACAUUGUAAUUGUUAUAAAAGUAUUGUAUAUGGGAAAUUUGGAUCUUUAUAAAAACAAAACUGAACAUACUGAAGAACUUAAGAAUUUAUGUUUAUUAAAUGAAGAAACAACGAUAAGGGGUAAAAUUUAUAUCCAAGAACAAAAUAUAGCUAAUGAGGAUAUAGUGGACACCAUAAUCAGUGGCUUAACACGUCAUACUACUUGUUUAGAAUAUAAUAAAAAGGAUUUGAGAGCAGAUAGAAACACGAAAAGGGGAAGUUUAAAGAAUAUUAAGAAAAAAGAAAUUGUAGAGAGAAGACACAAUAAAUUUAUAAAAAGAAAAAAUACAAUUAAAAAUCGAAUUAGAAUGGAAAAAAAUUUUGUCGAAAAAAUAGGAGGAUUGCAUAAUCUACAGACGAAGCGAGUGUUUUGCAAUAUCAUGUUUAAUACAAAUCAACCAUUCUUCCUUCUAUAUACACGCGUUACUGAUAUGAAUUUAACCAUUCACUAUUAUCUGAAUCGUGUUAUACAUGUAAAAUUAAGCAAAGAAUUACAUGUCAUAUUUUUAAAAUGUAGUUUUCUUUUUUCGUGUAACCUUGUACAUCAUAGUUACAUUGAUUUAAGAAGUAUUUAUCCUUUAAAAAAUAAUCGUAUUAAUGAAAGAAGUACAGAAAAAAUAACAAGCUUAAUUUAUUUUCUAUAUGACUUGUUUAAUUCUUAUUCCAAUUUUAAAAUUAUUAGAAGUAUUAUUUCUGUAGUAUUUUUAUUAAAUUUUUGUAGUAGUUCAAAGGCAGAAUAUUACAGAAUGAUGUUUUUAACUUCUGCUAAUCAUCUUCUUAAUAAUGUUUACAUAAGGAAAAUUAUUAGAGUAAUUUGUAUUCACUUUUAUUUAAAACAAAAUAUAUACCAAUCUUUACGAAAUGUAAUUAAAUGUAAAUGUUAUAUAUUGUUUUUUUUAACUUUUAAUUUUUAUGUUAUCUCAAAAAUUGCAUUUUUACCUAAUUGUUGUAGUAGUCUUCGUGUGCUUCCAUUUUUGUAUGUGCAAAAUGUGUUGCAAAAAUAUAUGAGUGGAAUAAAUCAAAGUUUUAAAAAUGGAGAGGGUGUUACAACUUUGACUCUUUCUUCCACUCUAGUUGCUACUACUACUUAUCUGCAUAUUCGGAAGGUAGAGGAGAAUACUGAAUAUAACAAUAUUAUAGUCUUUGUGAAAUGCAGAAUUUCAGACAUGUAUUGUAGCUAUAUCAUCGAAUAUUGCAAAAAAAAUUAUGAACAGCGUGAAUAUAGCACUAUUCUAUACUGUAAUGAUAUUUUAUUGUUAUUAAAAAACGUUGAAAGAAAAGAAAUUUUUUGCAGAAUCGUAUUAAAUUUAGAAGCGCAAAAUAAACAAAAACAAAAAUAUACUUUUUUGCCAUUUUUUAUUAAUUAUUAUCAAGCUCUAAAAGAAUAUCAUAAGGGAGGAUUUCUAGAAUUCAUGACUUAUUUGACGCAUACAAAUAUCAUACUUGAAAAGAGAAUAUAUUCCCAACGAAUUUCACAAAAUUAUAAUAAAAAUUUGAAACUCGAUACAGAUGUUGAUCUGAGGAAUAGAUACUACUAUUGUAGCAUAUGUGCACAUGACUUGUUGACCAAUUAUUACGGAAAAAUAAAAAAAAAAGAUUUAGUUAUUAAAUCUUCAGAAGGAGGAAUAAAUAACAUGACAAUACGUAUUAUUAGUAAAUUAAGUGAAAAAUCACUAGAGUAUGAUAAGGAAGAAACAAGAGGUAUUACUUAUAACACACAUCUAUAUUUUUACAGUAUGUACAAUUUAGUGUAUAAAUGUUUAUCUUUAUUCCACAGUAACAUUCAGAACGUUAUUAAACACAAUGUUACUACUAUGAAUUCAUUAAAUGAGGCAGUAAUAAAAAUAAACACCUUUUUAUACACAAACAUGGAAGUUAUCUUAAGUAUGCGCAAGUUAGAAAUGGCUAAGUACAACAUGAUAAGAAAACUAGGACAGAUAGCUAUUUCUUCACAGGUGUUAAAACAUGCAUUCAGUGAAAAAAAUAAAAUAGGAUAUCUUAUGUUGUGCAAUAAUAUAACAAUAAUGAAGUCUGCCUGUUCCCAUUACUUUUUCGAAAGAUUACUGUGCAUUUUUUGUGCACAUGUGAAGUACAUAUAUUCCUAUAUAAAGAAAAAUGAAAUAUUAGGAAAAAAAAAACAAAGAAAGUCUAUUACUGAUAUACAUUUUGAUAGUGAGACAAUAAUGGAAACAUUUCAAAAGAAUAUAUUUUCCACCUCAAACAGAAGAACCAUACUUAACACAUGCAUAUUAAAAAUAAUUUUGUACAUUUAUUAUACCAUUAUAUCAACUGGUAAAGAAAAGAUCAAUGUUAAGAAGUAUGAACAAUUUUCCAUUCCGAGUAAUGAUGAUAAUAAUAUGGCAGAAUGUGUUAUGAAUUAUUGGUAUAUUAUUGUACAGUUUUAUUUUGUUAAUUAUAUAAAAAGAGAGUUUUGGAUAAAUGUAUUUCCAUCAAGCAGUAAUAACGUAUCUUUUAACAAAAUAUCAAUAAGCAACAUAUUCUAUAUUGAUACAAAUAACUCAUACAAGGAGGAUAACCAUAAACUCAUUGAUAAUAUUAAAUAUACCAAUAAUUUAAGGGAACAGAAAUAUAAAGAUUAUUUUAACAAGGAUAGGAAAUGUGAAAAUGUAUUAAUAGGAAAGAACGCGAAUUUAAAAAAAAUGAAAAAUGAAAUAAAUAUUAUAAUAAGAACAAAUGUAGAAAAAAAUAUUGAGACGAAACAAAAAGAGAAUUGUGUACAGGGACAAAUGGAAGGCUUAAAUUUUGAAAAUGAGAAAGAAAGGUGCAAAAUAGAUGUAGAACAAAGUUACAGUCGUAAUCAUAAUAAUAAUAAUAACAGUAAUAGUAGUGGCAAUGAUAAACAAAAUUGCAGUGUACUUUCAAUUGUUCAGAGGAGAAGAAAAAUAGGUAAAAGGAGUUUAACUGAUCUUUACAAUUUUUAUGAGAAAUAUGAAAAAUGCGUCAAUUUUUACAACAAUAAUGAUAUUAAUAAUAAUUAUUUAGGGAAGAAAAAUAUAAGUUUCCUUAAUAUAUAUAACAAAUUUUUAAAUUUAAAUGAAUAUAUUUAUUAUGUUAAAAACUAUAUCGAAGAUAGCAGCAUAUUAUGUAUAUUAAAAAAAAAUAAGAAUAGCAUGUGGCUAAUCAAUGACCAAGGGACAUAUCAUAUGAAGCCCUUAAAUUUCCUCAAAAAAUAUAUGAACUUUUUUCUUAGAAAUAGAUUUUUAUUGAAUACUGAAAAUAUUUUCAAAUUUAAAAAGGGAAUUCUUUUUAUGGUUAAGAUCAAUAGAAAUAAUAGACAUAUUAUAGAAAAGAAAUUAUAUAAUAACAUUCAAAAAAAACAAAUAAUUGUGUGCGAAUAUCCUAUUAAUAAUUUAGAAUUAGGUAAUAACGUUUUUUUAAGUAACCACAUUACUCAUAAAAAACAGGGUUACUCUAAAAAUAGGUAUAUAUAUAACCUUUACCAUACAAUAUAUAAAAAUCAUAUUGAUAAUUAUUCUAAUAUGCACACUCCUUUUAAGGGAAAUAGCGCAUUCUUCCCCUGCAUUCUUAAGAGGAAUGUUAAGAAGAUUUAUAAAGACACACAAAAUAUUCCAUGUCUUGCUAUGAAUGAUUUGAACCACAACAACAAGGUGUAUGAUAUAGUGCACAAGAAUUAUAAUGAUGCUCUUUCGUGUGGAAUAAGGGAUCGAAAUAACUGCAGUAGUAUUUACAAUAUGAUUAUUGAUAAUAAUAAUAAUAAUAAUGACAUUUAUAAUAACAAUAAUAGUAACUACAAUGGUAACAAUAACAACAGUUCCAAUAAAGGUAAGUACAAUAAUUUAUAUAUCAAAAAUUACAACAUUUUGAGCAAAAUGCACACAUACUACUAUGAUAAAGCAAAUUUUGGAAAAACAUAUGAACGUACAUGUUUUCAGAAGAACUACAUAAAUUUCCGUUUUACGAACAGUUAUAACAAUAACGAAAAUAAAGAAUUAUAUGCUAGUAAUAUAUUUAAUAAAAACCAUAGAAGAAAUAGAAAAAGGCAUCCUACUAAUUGCAUCAAUUUUUAUGAAUAUAAUAAUAAUGCAUUAAAAAGAGAGCAACAAUUUUGUAAUAGUUCACACUUUGAAUAUUUUCUUAUAAAAGAUAAAUUGUAUAAUGAAAAUCAGAACAGAAUUAUGAAAGUAAAUAAUACAAAUGACAUUAAUAUAAUUAAUAACUCAAUGGACAAAAGCAAUAGUUCAAAGAUAGACAAAAAUAUAUAUCAAAAAAAAGGUAUCUUUAUGUAUAAACAUUUGAGGAAACAAUACGAAGGAAAAUUAUACCAUAUCAACAAUACUACAAAUGAUCAUAUAGGUAAUAAUUGUACAUUAAAUAGUCGUAACGAUAUAAUAUUGAAUACGAAAAAUUGUAAUUUUAAGAAUGUUAGUAUAAACUAUUAUAGAAAUUAUAACAUAUGUAAUCGGAAUGUUAACUACUGCAAUUACAGCAACGAAAACAGAAACUAUAAUAACAGGAUCGAUGGAAGUGGUAAUAAUAGAAUAAAUAACUACAACAACUACAGGGGCAUAUAUGGUGCAAAUUAUAGGGGAAAUAAUAGCAGAAAUAGUAAACGUAAUAAUAGAGGAAAUAAUAAAGGUAAUAAUAGGAGAAAUAACGGAAGCAAUAACAGUAACAAUAACAGUAAUAAUACUAACAAUAAUAGCAACAAUAACAUCAACAAUAACAACAGCAAUAACAAUAAUAGCAACAAUGAUGAUAAUGAACGAGAAAAUAAUGACAGCAAUAAAAAAGACUCCAUUAGCGAGAGGAAGAACAAAAAUAACAAGAGAAAAAAAAAAGGUAAAAAAUCAAAAAAAAUUAUUAACUUUAGACAUAAAAAUAUUAAUAAAAGAAUUAUUCGUAAUUCUAAGCAUGCAAGUCAGAGAAAGAAAAAAAAUAUUGUAUUGAAGAAGGGCAUGCCCAUAAGAAAAGAAAAAAAAAUAGGCUGUCAAAAAAAGACAAAAGAUAUAUUAAACACGAACAAUACUAAUACAAAAAAGGAGAAAACUAACAUGAGUAUGCAAAAUAUAAAAGGAUUAGACGCGGAAAAUGGAAUGAAUAAUUGUAACUCAUUAAAAAGAUAUAUAAAUUAUUUAAAAAACUUAGAUUAUGAUAUAAAAUUCGGAAAUGUUUAUGUUAAAUUAAAAAAAAAAUUGAGUUCACAAAACAAAUGUCAAUUCGAAGUAUAUGAAGCUGAAAUUGUUGCAGUUGACACUAUAUGUAAUUUAUUUUAUCCUUAUAUUCAGAAAUUUGAAAACUUCUAUAAUAUAUUAAAAAAAAGUACAAACAAUUAUGAUUUUCUAAAGAUAAGUAUGAAUAAUUAUGAAGAUUCAUCGCAUUUCGAUAUCAGUGAGAGUAACCUAGAUGACUUUAUGAAUAAUAGCGAAGAAUUUAAUGUAAUUCUUAAUUAUUUAAUUAAUAGCAGAUUAUAUUCUGGGUACAAUAAUAACAGUAGUUCAAAAAAUGUAAGAAACAGUAAACAGAAAAAAAGAAAUUAUUUUUCCUAUGUUAACUUACCAGAAAAUAUAUUAACAAAUUCGUUAAAUAAAGAAUUCUUAUAUCCCAUGAAAGGAGAAUAUGCAAAAAAAAUUGAUUCUAAUAAUAAUAUUUUAAGGGCUAUAAAUGAGAAUAUAGACGUGAGGAAACGAACGAGUAGAGUCAACGGUACAUCAAACAAUAUCAGCAAUAACAACAGCAAUAAUCGUGUUAAUGAUAUGUACACAUCUAGUCUAGUAAAUAUGAAUUAUAUCACAGGAAUAUAUACUAAACCUGAAGAAGAUGGUGUUAUUUAUAAUAGUUUACAAACAAACAACUAUUUGUUCAAUUCUGCUCAGAUGUAUUUUAAUACUAGUUUGAUAAAAGGAUGGAGUAAUGAUAAUUCUAUUUUUUUAAAUAAUAAAAACAUGAGCAAAAGUUGUUCCAUUAUAAAAAAGGAAAAGGAAUUUUUUUUCAAUUACAAAGAGGAUAAUAAUAAUAAUUUCUAUAAUAAUAAUAAUGGACCAAUGGGAGGGAAAUUUUCCAGAAGACCGAACUUUGACAGCACAACUAACUAUCAUAAACGCAAUAGAGAAAGCAAUAACAAAAUGGUUCACAUUUAUGAUAUUAAUAUUAAUCAUGCACCACAUAUUAACGAUUACAACAUUUUUUGGUAUAAUCAUUUAUUAUGGAACAAACAACAACUUGCAAGAAAUUUAAUUCAUUUAAUAAAAAAAAUGAACUUCUUAAAAUAUUUUGGCUAUAAAUCAUUAUAUGAUAUAUUAAAGGAAGAAUACAAAAAAUAUGUGUCAGAAAAAAUGAUUGUGGAAUCAAACACACUCUUUAAUAUAUUAAGACAUAUAAGUAGAUACAACUACAUCAAUGAUGUUAUAAAUAACCCAUUUACUAUUUAUCAAAGUUCGAUUAAAAAUAUGCCUAGUAAUAAAUUUGCCAUUAAAAUAUUAAAUAUUAAUGCAUGCAAUAUAUAUAAAUUAAAAUAUAAAAUACAUAGUUUACUAUCAGAAGGAAAACAACUUGAAAAAGUGAAUUUAGAAAUUUGGAAACACGAUAAGAAAAAACAUUUCAUACAGGAAAACAUAAAUGGUAAUCUUGAUAAAAUAACACAAAUGAUUCUUCAAAAAAAUAAAAAAUGUGAUCAGUCCCUUCUAACAUUAAAUCACUGUUCUAGUUUAUCAAAUAAUCAAUUAAUAGAAUAUUAUGAAGAAUUAUGUAAGGAAGAAGAUUCAACAAAUAUAACUGCAAAACCAUGUCUUUCGGAUAUUCUAAACAUAAAGGAACUUAUAAAAAAUAAUGAAACUAUUGAAGAUAACAAGGAACAAGAUAUAAGUCUUAAUUGCAACAGUAGUUUCAAUAAUAUUCAUGACAAUAAAAGUUUUAAUAAUCCCUUAAGUGCCUUCAUUAGAAAUAGUUAUAAUAGUGUAGAUAAUGACAGUAAUAAUAAUAUCAAUAAUAAUGACAAUAAUAGCAGUAAUAAUAGCAAUAAUAAUAACAGUCAAAAUAGAAUUAAAUAUAGCAGUAAUAACAAGUUAGCACAGUUAACCAAUGAAGGUAACUCCUCUAACGUUACGAGCAAUAACGUAUUUCCUUUUGUAUGCAAAUAUUGCUUAAACAUUUUUUAUGAUAAGGACAUUAUGUUAACAGAUGAAAAGAAUAAAGAUAUAAUAAGUAAAUCUAUUUUUAGCGUUUAUUGUGAAAAAAAUAGUGAUACCAUAAUGAACAAUAAUAAUGUCUCUAAAUAUGAAAAUGCGCCUAUAGAAAACGUAAAUGUUGUUGGAGAUACAAGCAACCUUAAAAAUGAUAAGCAGACAAGAGAGAUUAAAUGCGAACAAAGUGUAAAUGCAAAAGGGAAAAGUAAAAAGCGGAAUAGCAAAAAGACCCCUGCAAAAAAGGGCAGUUCCUCCACCAUCAGCAGCAACAACAUCAACAACACCAACAACAACAAUAUCAACAACAUCAACAACAAUAACAACAACAACAACAUCAACAACAACAUCAACAACAACAUCAACAACAAUAUCAACAAAAAUAAUAGUGAUCACUGCAAAAUUUCUAGAUAUAUACAAACAAGAAGUAGAGGGAAAAAUGCGAGAGCCGAGAGAAAGCAGAAACAAAAUGGCAGUAACCAAGGGGGAAAAGCAAAAAAUACAAAGGUUUCCAAAAAAUGUGCUAUUAAAAAAGAAACAAAAUUAAAAGUGAAAAAUGUUAUAAUAAAUAAGAAAAGAAGAGGAAUUAAUUUAAAAAAAGGAAAGAAUGUAAAAAGUCGUAAUAAGAACAACUGUUCUAAUAUUACCACUAAUGAAAAACAAAAAGAGCAAAACGAAAAUGUUUCAACGAAUCCAAUUCCUCACAAGUUCAUAGAUCAUUGUGCUUUAUCAUUAUUGCCAGGAAAAAAAAUGUCAUGUAAAUUAGUUCCACAUAAUUAUUCUGCUUCUAAUUCUACACUACAAAAUUUGGAAUCGUAUAAUGACCUGUUUAAUAAUUGCAUUUCACAUAAUACUUUCAACUUUAACAUAAAUAAUUUCAAAAAAUUGAAAAUGAAUGUUUGCAGAAAAUGUGAAGAGAAAAAUUUACAAUGUGAAAAGUACAUAACAAAAGAAUCAAAAGAAACAAAAAAGAAAAAAAAAUAUUUAACUUCAAUACCAAAAUAUUUAUGGUCAUCUGUUGGAAUGACAAAGAAUAAUGAACAUGUUUUAGGUGUAGCCAUGCAAAUGAUUGACGGAUGUACACUAACAUAUAUUAUCCAAAAACUUAAAGGAACAGAAAAUGUAAAUUAUGGACUAUUUUUACUAGACAUUUGUAAAAAAUUAGUUAAACACCUAAUGAUAAUAUGUGAAUCCAUUGAUAACCCUAUCAUUAAUUGGGAUACAAAACCAGGGAACAUUAUGGUUGAGUAUGAACUAGUAAACUCCAAAAUAUCAUGCAAAAAUGUUACUAUUAUAGAUGUAGGUGAUGCAUUGCCAGGAAGAAGUUUCUAUUUUCCAACAAAUCCGUCAUAUUAUGAAAAAAUAAGAAUUAAUAACGUUCAGAAAAAUUUUAAUAAUUUUUUAUAUUAUGUAAUCUGCACCAAAGGAUAUUGCUCUCCUGAAUGUGCUCUCUUAGUUUUCUUAUUGUCAUCUUUAAAUAAAUCAGAGCAGUUUAGAAAAACAUGGUAUGGGGCUGAUUCAAACCUUUACCAUAUUAACAAAACAAAACAGUUAAGAAUUAAACAUCGAUGGAAAAAAUUAUUAGAUCUACGUUUUAUUCAACCAAUUUUAAAAAAAAGAGAUAAUUAUAUUUUUUACAGGUCAUCAAAUGCAUUUUUACAAAAAUGUGCAUGUAUGAACAGUUGGGAUAACAACAUCCCUAUUGGUAUAAAUAAGAAUAAUGAUAAUAAUAUCAAUAACGAUAACAGUAAUAACAAUAACAAUAACAGUAGUAAUAUUAAAACAUCUUUGUUUGAAAAAAAUGGCAUGGAUUCUUACUUAUUUUGCGGUAAUAAGAACACAAACCAAGGGGAAUAUAUCAAUUUGGACCCUUGUAACGGUCACUAUAGUAGUAUGAACAAUUAUAAAAAUAGAUCUAAUAAUAAGAACUUGUGUAGGAAAUUUUUCGAUAAUAGAAAUAAUGCCAGUUAUAAUAAUAGCUUCAGUAAUUACGAUAAUAUGAAUAGCAAAAAUCUUAAUAGUGAAAAAAAUUGUAGAAGAUACAAUUCUAGUAAUAAUACACUCUGCGACAAUGCAAAUAAUCUUCAUGGUAAAUGUACAUUUAAUGAUGCAUAUGCUGCUCAUGAAAUAAAUGAAAAUAUUAUUUAUACUUCAAUGGAAUCAGGAAAAUUUGAAAAAAAAUUACAAAACGAAGGACAAGAUGAUAUAUUAAAAGAUUAUUAUUUAACCAAAGUGUGCACGCAUGAUAUGGUUGAUGAUAACUUAAAAGAGCAUUACUCAGAUCAUGACGAAAUAAAAGAAUAUUUAUAUAACAAGGAUGCAGAAAUAAAGGAAAUGGAAAUUAAAUUAAAUGAAUGUGAAAAAAAGAAAAGAAAAAAAAGAGAAUAUGAAUAUUAUAAAAUGCUUACUGUUGAUACAUGGAUAAUUAAAUUUACAACCAAAACUACCAUUUUUAGUACAGGUUUAGUAUUAUGUCAGUUGUUUGGAGGUCAUAACUUAUUAAAUAUUGUUAAUAAGAAUGAGAUAAAAGUGGUUGAUGUAUUGUGUGAAUGGAACUGUAAAAAUAGUACUAAUGUAUAUUCAGGGGAACAAAAUAUUACUUUUAAUGAAUUAUUGCCUAAUAAGGGUAUUUUUUCUAAUGAUAUAUGGAAAAGCAAAAUUAAAAAAAUCAUAAAAAAAUGUUUACAGUUUAUACCAUCUAGAAGAUGCUCUUUUAAAGAAUUAUAUAUUGAUAUAAAAAAUUUAAAAAAAGAAUAUGAAGCGUAUUAUAAUCUAAAUGAUGCUUCAACCGCUGCUUCGUGA